AUGAGUACUUUUGCUGCCAACUUUCCAAUUUUAGCACUAAUGUUCUUCCAAGUACCCACCACAAGCCCUUACAGAGUUGUUUCCGUUUCUGAUAGCUCUGAUCAGUCGUCCACCGAAGCCCCUAAGAUAAAGAAAGAAGAAGACAUUCCAGACGGGAAGGAACAGGGUGAGAAUGUCCUUAAGAGCUGUAUGAAGAAGGCCCCUACAAGACCUUCUGAUCCUUUAAAAGAGGUUGAAAAGAAGAGAGUGCAAUGGAUGGAUAACUUAGGAAAAGAACUUGUUGAGAUCAAGGAAUUUGAAUCCAGAAAGAAAGAAAUUCCAAAAUCUCUGAAUAUGGGGUGUUUUGAUGUCAUUGGCUGCAGUGAGACAGGGGAAAAUGAUUUUGAGGAGGAAAACAGAGGUUGUGUCUGUGUCAUCCUCUGAUGCUGCUUAGCAAACGUCAUCCUUAAACCCUCUCUUAGCCAGCUUUUUGGUGCAAUUUGGAGGGAAGGGCUGCAUCCUGCACGAUCAACUCGAAGACGAAGAUGAGCUUGAGUUGGUUAUUCUAGGACUAGCUUUGAAUUAAAUCAGAGAAGAGCUAUGUCAUAUCUGUGUUUCAUCAUCUGAAUACAAUUUAUUUGUCUACUCCUCAAUCCUCUGUUCAUCUUAAAUCAACAUUCCAUUACUUCUCCAACUUCCGCCUGGGCGCAGUUGCAAUUUGCAAAUGAAUAAGGAAUCUCAUUUGAGCACCCAGUUGUAUUCGCAAUUAGCCAUUCUUCCAAACAAGCUUUCUCUGUAGUUAUAUGCUUGAUUCCCUUGAUGACAAUGAAUAUGGAAUCCCAGAAAGAAAUGUUCAUCUUUCUAUCUGUUAUGACUGACCUGCCUUUCUUUCUUUUGUCGAAUUGAUUCUUUAUUUUA